AUGACCACCCCAUUCACUGAAGAUCAAACGCCCAAUAUGGCCGCCAUCCCCGCGCGAGCAGCCGCGCUACUCGCCAAUCUGACGGCCGUAUCAGCGCGCGUCACCGCAGCAGCAGCUCAAUCUCCCCAGCCAAGCAAGCCAGUGCGGCUAGUAGCCGUAUCAAAGCUCAAACCAGCCUCAGAUGUCCUAGCCAUGCACCAGUCGCCAGCCUCACAGCUCCACUUCGGCGAGAACUACAUGCAAGAGCUCCUCGAAAAGUCACGUCUGCUCCCCCCGAGCAUUAAAUGGCACUUCAUCGGCGGAUUGCAGUCAAACAAGUGCGUAACACUCGCGCGCGAUGUGCGCGGUCUAUGGGCCGUUGAGAGCGUCGACUCGGAGAAAAAGGCCCAAUUGCUCAAUAAAGGCUGGGGAGAGCGGAAGCCAGAGCAAGUCCAGGAGCAGGAGCAGACUCAAGCGGGCGAAGAUGCGGAUGCUAGACUUCGCAUUUACGUUCAGGUUAAUACCUCUGGUGAAGAAAAUAAAGCUGGCGUCGAGCCGGCCGCGGCUUCGGGAUUGGCUCGCUUUAUUUGGGAAAAGUGUCCGGGGCUGAAGCUUCAGGGCGUUAUGACUAUUGGUGCUAUUGCGCGGUCAAAGGCUACGACGCCAGAAAAUGAGAAUGAGGAUUUUGUGCGUCUGCGUGAGACGCGGGAUCGCAUCGUUGCUGAUCUUGGGUUGACGGGGGCUGAGGCUGGAUUGGAGUUGAGCAUGGGGAUGAGCUCAGAUUUCGAGGGUGCUAUUGCCUUGGGUUCGGACCAGGUGCGAGUUGGCACGACUCUGUUUGGGGAUCGACCACCGAAGUCGGAGGCAAGGGUUGUUUGA